AUGGAUGUCAUAAGGUGAAUGCACCAAUUUGUAAGUCGCUCUGGAUAAGAGCGUCUGCUAAAUGACUUAAAUGUAAUGUAAAUGUAAUGCACUCUGAAGAAGGUUCUCAUCAAGGAUUUGCCUGUAUUUGGGUCCAUUUAUUGUUCCCUCUAUCCUUACCAGUCUCGGAGUCCCUGCCACUGAAAAGCAUCCCCAUAGCAUGAUGCUGCCACCACCAUGCUUCACGGUAGGGAUGAUGUUAGACAGGUGAUGAGCUGUGCCUGUUUUUUUUUUCAGACACAGCGUUUUGCAUUCAGGUCAAAUAGUAACAUUUUUGUCUCAUCAAUCUUUUGCCUUAUGCUCUGUAUUUCACCUGCCUUUUUGCAAACUCCAGGCGUGUUUUUCUCAGGAGUGGCUUCCAUCUGGCCACCCUCCCAUAAAGCCCAGAUUGGUGAAGUACUGUAGAGACUGUUUUCCUUCUGGCAUGUUCUCCCAUCUCAGCCAAGGAACUCUGUAGUUAUGUCAGAUAUAGACAUCAUAAUUCUAUCUCGGCGGAUGGUUCCUUGGACUUCAUGGUGUAGUUUCUGCUCUGACAUGCACCGUCAACUGUGGGACCUUAUAUAGACAGGUCUAGAUCAAGUCCAGACAAUUGAAUUGGCCACAGGUGGACUCCAAUCAAGUUGUAGUGACAUCUCAAGGAUGAUCAAAAGAAAUUGGAUGCACCUGAGCUCAAUUUGGACUGUCAUAGCAAAGGGGUACUGUACACUGAAGGUUAAAGAUGUGCUGAGGGAAUUUGAUGCAGAUGGCAGGCUGGCCCAGCACAGACAUGGAGAGUGUAUCAAUGAGGAGGGCUUCCGUCUCUUCCUGAAGACCUAUCUGGAGGUGGAGGACUUCCCUAAGGAUCUCUGCCAGCGCCUCUUUCGAUCCUUCCAGAGCGGAACUGAACCUGACGGGCAGGACAAUGCUAAAGAGGUAUUUUUGAAGGACGUUUCGUGUUACUUCUCCCUGUUGGAGGAUGGCCAGCCCAGAGACAAGCUGGAGUUUGCUUUCAAACUGUACGACAGAGAUGGCAAUGGCGUCCUUGACAGCUCCGAGGUGGACCGGAUCAUUGCUCAGAUGAUGCACGCUGCAGAUUACCUUGGUUGGGAUGUGUCUGAGCUGAGACCAGUGCUAAAGGACAUGAUGACGGCCAUCGACGCAGACAGCAGUGGCACGGUCUCUCUGGAUGAGUGGGUGGAGGGAGGAAUGAACAACGUCCCCCUGCUGGUGUUACUGGGUCUGAAGAUGACUCAGAAGGAUGGGCAGCACCUAUGGAGGAUGAAGCAUUUCAACAAGCCUGUCUACUGCAACGUUUGUCAGAGCAUGCUGCUAGGACUAAGGAAACAGGGGCUUUGCUGCACCUGCUGUAAAUACACAGUCCAUGGACGGUGUGCCAACAUAAACCCAGCUCCCUGUACCAGGACCUAUGUCAAAUCUAAGAAAGACACAGGGGUUCCAACCCAUGACUGGGUCAGUGGGAACUGUGACUCUGGGAAGUGUGACAAGUGUCAGAAGAAGAUCAAGAGUUAUCACGGGCUGACGGGAAAACACUGUGUCUGGUGUCACUCCAUGCGCCAUGAUGACUGUGCCUCCCAGGAGCCCUCCGACUGUAACUGUGGACCUCUCAGAGACCAUAUCCUCCCCCCCUGGGCUAUCUACCCUGUUAUAAAGGAGAGGUCAAACAGCAUAAAGAACGGCUCCUCAAGCUCAGCCGACGACAGUGACCACAACACCACUCCUGAUGGACAGGUGCUUCAGAUUAAUCCGGUACCAGACACUCAUCCUCUUCUAGUGUUUGUGAACCCUAAAAGUGGAGGCAAGCAGGGAGAAAGAGUUCUGCGCAAAUUUCAGUAUUUGCUGAAUCCACGGCAGGUGUACAACCUCUCCAAUGGUGGACCUGGACCGGGGUUGUGCUUCUUCAGAUCUCUGAAGGAUUACAGGAUAUUGGUUUGCGGAGGGGACGGCACUGUGGGCUGGAUACUUGAUGCCAUAGACAAAGCCAAUCUUCAAGUGCGGCCACCUGUGGCUGUGUUACCCCUGGGCACAGGAAAUGACCUUGCACGUUGUCUUAGAUGGGGAGGAGGUUAUGAUGGGACAGAUCUGUGUCGUAUCCUGAAGGAGAUUGAGGUCAGCACCCCGGUGCUGAUGGACCGCUGGAAUGUAGAGGUGAUCCUAGAGGACCCCCAGGAGACAGGAGACCCUGUGCCUUAUGAGAUCAUCAACAACUACUUCUCCAUCGGCGUGGACGCCUCUAUUGCCCACCGUUUUCAUACGAUGAGAGAGAAACACCCCCAGAAAUUCAACAGCAGAAUGAAGAACAAGUUGUGGUACUUUGAGUUUGCCACCUCAGAGACCAUCUCUGCUUCGUGCAAGAAACUGAAUGAAUGUCUUACAAUUGAGUGCUGCGGCACCCCAUUAGACCUGAGUGGCCGUUCUAUGGAGGGGAUCGCUGUCCUCAACAUUCCCAGCAUGCACGGUGGAUCCAACCUGUGGGGAGAAGCCAAGAAGAGUGAAUGCAAGUGCUUGAUGAAUCCUCAGGAAAUGCCUGUGGUUAUUGUUGACCCUGAAGUCUUGAAAGUCAGUGGACAAGACGUCAGUGACCGGCGUUUGGAGGUGGUUGGCCUCGAAGGGGCCAUGGAGAUGGGACAGAUAUAUACAGGACUUAAGAGCGCUAUACGACUAGCAAAAACCUCCCAGAUCACAAUCAGGACGAAGAAACCUUUACCGAUGCAGAUAGACGGAGAGCCCUGGAUGCAGCCACCCUGUACGAUUCACAUCACACACAAGAACCAGGCCAGUAUGCUGAUGGCUCCCCAGGGCCGGUCCAGCUUCUUCAGCUCAAAGUAGUAGCCUGCUCCUCUGGCUUCAAGCUGUAACAUGGCUGGCCUGUAUACACUUGCUUAUUAUUGUACAUUUUGUUAAAGGCCCAGUGCAGUCAAAUGUGAUUUUCCUGUGUUUUAUAUAUAUUUCCUCUCUGAGGUUAGAGUAAUAUUGUGCAAAUUAUUAUAAUGUCCUUUUAGUGCAAGAGCUGUUUGAAGAGACUGCCUAACAUUUCUGCCUGUUUUGCUGUGAAGGAGUUUUGGCCAUGGUAGUAAGUUAGCAAAUAGACUGAUAAGAAAUAGUUCCAAACCUGUCUGUCAGUGUCAACAGAUUUGGUAAAGAGGUCAAUGGAAGUUGACCAAAAACAAGGAAAAUGCCAUGGAAACGCGGUGGGGUGGAGAUCCUGAAAAUUUGCCCACAUUUGCAUUUAUGCUAUUGUUUGUGUAUUUCACACUAUGUUGAGGUAGAAAUAGGAGUAUAAUGCUUGUAUGGAUGUCAACCACAAUACAUGUUAAAUCAAAUCAUCUUCACCAAUCAAGUCAUCAAUCAACGUCAAUAUAGUUGAAAACAACUUUGAUUACCACCACUGAUUUCUGUGUGCUUCCAUCUUAUACCAACCGGAGUUAGCAUUUAGCAGUCACUUCUUCUAAACCUGAAAGGGGACAACUUAUUGAUGUUAUGCAGCUAAAACAGCCAAACAUGUCCAAAUCAGACUUCAGUAACUUCAGUUGUGGGUCGGGCUGAGCGAGUUCCAUGCUUCCUCUGAAAUGCGUUCUCUGAAGUGAUGAAUCACACUUCACCAUCUGGCAGUCCGACGGACUAAUCUGGGUUUGGCAGAUGCCAGGAGAACUCUAGCUGCCCGAAUGCAUAGUGCUAACUGUAAAGUUUGGUGGAGGAGGAAUAAUGGUAUGGGGCUGUUUUUCAUGGUUCGUGCUAGGCCCCUUAGUUCCAGUGAAGGGAAAUCUUAAUACUACAGCAUACAAUGACAUUCUAGACGACUCUGUGCUUCAAACUUUUUGGCAACAGUUUGGGAAAAUCCUUUUCCUGUUUCAGCAUGACAAUGCCUCUGUGCACUAAAGAGAUGUCCAUACAGAAAUGGUUUGUUGAGAUCGGUGUGGAAGAACUUCACUGGCCUGCACAGAGAGGCCUUACCUCAACCCCAACGAACACCUUUGGAAUGAAUUGGAAUGUCGACUGCGAGCCAGGCUUAAUCACCCAACCUCUCUAAUGCUCUUGUGGCUGAAUGGAAGCAAGUACCCACAGCAAUGUUCCAACAUAAUAAAACAUAAUAAUUCGAUAUAUCACCCAGCCCAAAUUGUGGGCCUGUUAAAAUGCAUUAAUCGUGACGGAUUUGACGAAUAUCCACUUUUUUAGAUCAGAUUUGUUGGUUGUCCACCAAUCCGGCAUCCUCCUAUCCCCCGUGGUCUGCAUUCCGUUGACCUCUUUAUCGCAACUAUAACAGCUCAUUGUCAGUUUUCCCCUCCCCACUCAGACCACUCCCAGACAGUCCUAGCAAAAUUCUUGCUUGAGGAAUUGCCCUUUGCUUAGAAGUUAUUCUUGACCAUUUUAAAUGAAAACAGCCACAGUAAGGUAUUUAAUUGCUAUGUAGAAAUGAUUUGAUAUUGAGAUAAAAACGGUUACAUUGGACCUUUUUAAAUGACUGAAGCAACUUGGUUUGUCAAACAGUUGGUAUGUGCAUGUUUUAGAGAGAUGUUGACCAACAUUUUCAGAAAGUUCAGUACAUAUGUUUUUGUUCUGCCACAAUGCAAGUCUAUAUUAUGAAAGCCUUACAAACUACAGCUGUAGAUUAACUUGAUGUCCACUGUUAUAUAUUUAAGCUAAGAACUUAGUGUGCCUUUUGUCAUAAUUUAGCCAAAUUCAUCGAAUGCGUUUAUCAAGGAGUGAAAAACUGUGCUAUGAUUCUGCUUGAACACUUUGAGUGAAAUGUUUAUUUAGCAAGGUUUUUAUUGUAACUGCAUUUUCUAAUUUGUUAUUAUAUUUUAGUAGGAUCAUUUUAAAUGUGUGUAUGUACAGUACCAGUCAAAAGUUUGGACAGUUUGCGUGUGUCUCAUUCAAGGGUUUUUCUUUAUUUUUACUAUUUUCUACAUUGUACAAUAAUAAUAAUGAAGACAUCAAAACAAUGAAAUAACACAUUUUUACUGUUAUUUUACUGCUGCGCUUUAACUAUUUCUUUUUUAAAAAGUAUUUACUUAACACUUAUUUUUCUUAACUGCAUUGUUGGUUAAGGUCUUGUAGAGAGAAUGCCAAGCAUGUGCAAAACUGUCAAGGCAAAGGGUGGCUACUUUGAAGAAUCUAAAAUAUAUUUUUAUUUGUUUAACACUUUUUGGUUAAUUCCACAUGUGUUAUGUAGUAUUUCAUUGUUUUCACUAUUAUUCUUCACUAUUAUUUGACAAUGUAGAAAAUAGUAAAUAUAAAGAAACCCUUGAAUGAGUAGGUGUCCAAACUUUUGAUGUGUGUGUGUGUGUGUGUUUGUGUGUGUGUGUGUGUGUGUGUGAACUGAGCAAAAAAAGAAACGUCCCUUUUUCAGGACCCUGUCUUUCAAAGAUAAUUAAUAAACUCCAAAUAACUUCACAGAUCUUCAUUGGAAAGGGUUUAAACACUGUUUCCCAUGCUUUUUUCAAUGACCCAUAAACAAUUAAUGGACAUGCACCUGUGGAACGGUUGUUAAGACACUAACAGCUUACAGACGGUUGGCAAUUAAAGUCACAGUUAUGAAAACUUAGGACACUAAAGAGGCCUUUCUACUGACUCUGAAAAACACCAAAAGAAAGAUGCCCAUGAUCCCUGCUCAUCUGCGUGUACUUGCAUGAGGCAAGGAGGCAUACGGACUGCAGAUGUGGCCAGGGCAAUAAAUUGCCAUGUCCGUACUGUGAGACGCCUUUGACAGUGCUACGGGGAGAUAGGACGGACAGCUGAUCCUCGCAGUGGCACACAACAUGUAACAACACCUGCACAGGAUCGGUACAUCUGAAAAUCACACCUGCAGGACAGGUACAGGAUGGCAACAACAACUGCCCGAGUUACACCAGGAACGCACAAUCCCUCCAUCAGUGCUCAGACUGUCCACAAUAGGCUGAGAGAGGCUGGACUGAGGGCUUGUAGGCCUGUUGUAAGGCAGGUCCUCACCAGACAUCAACAACAUCGCCUAUGGGCACAAACCCACCGUCGCUGGGCCAGAUAGGGCUGGCAAAAAGUACUCUUCACUGACGAGUCGCGGUUCUGUCUCACCAGGGGUGAUGGUCAGAUUUGUGUUUAUUGUCGAAGGAAUGAGCGAGGCCUGUACUCUGGAGCGGGAUCGAUUUGGAGGUGGAGGGUCCGUCAUGGUCUGUGGCGGUGUGUCACAGUGUCAUCGGACUGAGCUUGUUGUCAUUGCAGGCAAUCUCAAAGCUGUGCGUUACAGUGAAGACGUCCUCCUCCCUCAUGUGGUACCCUUCCUGCAGGCUCAUCCUCACAUGACCCUCCAGCAUGACAAUGCCACCAGCCAUACUGUUCGUUCUGUGUGUGAUGUCCUGCUGUGUUCUGCCAUGGCCACCGAAGAGCCCAAAUCUCAAUCCCAUCGAGCACGUCUAGGACCUGUUGGAUCGGAGGGUGAGGGCUAGGACCAUUCCCUCCAGAAAUGUCCGGGAACUUGCAGGUGCCUUGGUGGAAGAGUGGGGUAACAUCUCACAGCACGAACUGUCAAAUCUGGUUCAGUCCAUGAGGAGGAGAUGAACUGCAGUACUUAAUGCAGCUGGUGGCCACACCAGAUACUGACUGUUACUUUUGAUUUUGACACCCCCUUUGUUCAGGGACACAUUAUUCCAUUUCUGUUAGUCACAUGUCUGUGGGACUUGUUCCGUUUGGCUCAGUUGUUGAAUCUUAUGUUCAUACAAAUAUUUACACAUGUUAAGUUUGCUGAAAAUAAAUGCAGUUGAUAGUGAAAGGACUUUUCUUUUCUUGCUGUGUGUGUGUGUGUGUGUGUGUGUGUGUGUGUGUGUGUGUGUGUGUGUGUGUGUGUGUGUGUGUGUGUGUGUGUGUGUGUGUGUGUGUGUGUGUGUGUGUGUGUGUGUGUGUGUGUGUGGUCAUUGAAAGUCUAGAUUUUUCUAGGAUGUAUUAAGCUAUGAAAUAUUUUGAAUGCAAUGCAUAAAGCUUUGGUAAUAUACCCACAAGUGAUAAUUAAUGCAGAUUGUAUUUGAAAUGAUUAUGCACUCAUUAGUGCUUAUGUAUGUAAGCAGGAAACCCUUUGCCCCAAUGUCCUAAGACCAAACCACAUUGAAUUGUUUUAAAAGCAGACCUUAAAUGUCCUUUUAAAUAAGCUUUUAGUUGUAAUAUAUUGAGUGGCCGUUUUUGAAAACGAAUUGUUUACUUCUUUCUCAAUGCAAGGCAUCCGUUUAUCUUAUUGAAUAUAUCUAAUUGGAGGUUAGCCAUAUCAUAAAUCCUGAGAAUGUUGAAAAAUAUUUCAAAUGAUGCUGUAUAUAUUUCAAUAAACCAUCAUGACAUGA